AUGAAGACGACGCUCCAGGACGUGACUCAGCCUCUGUUACUGGGACAGUGGGACCGAGCCGCUCAGACAUGGUGUCGUGUUGACGGUCACAGUUCGAUUCCCUGGUCGUGCCAGUGGAGGCCUCGGUCACUGGAGCAGGAGAAACUUCCCUACAUGCUCACACGUGGCUUCAUGAGAGGGUCCACAGCCGCCGUGUUCACUCUUAAUGAAAUGAGAAAGUUCUUCUCUGAAGCUCUGCGGGGGGUGACCAUGGUGGAGCUGGUGAAGAAAGAAGGCAGCACACUGGGACUCACCAUCUCAGGAGGAACCGACAAGGAUGGGAAGCCACGGGUAUCGAACCUACGGCCUGGGGGGCUGGCGGCCAGGAGCGACCAGCUGAACGUUGGUGACUACAUCAAGUCGGUGAACGGCAUCAAUCUGACCAAGCUGCGGCACGAGGAGAUCAUCAGCCUGCUGAAGAACGUGGGAGAGAGAGUUCUGCUGGAGGUGGAGUACGAGCUGCCCCCUACAGCACCAGACAGCUCCUCAGGGCUCAUAUCAAAGACAAUCGACAUCUGUUUGCACAAAGAGGGGAACAGCUUCGGCUUCGUGAUGAGAGGAGGUUCACAGGAGGACUGGCACAGAUCACGCCCCCUGGUGGUCACCUACGUGAGGCCAGGAGGCCCUGCAGACAGAGAGAGCACGUUGCGUCCCGGGGAUCGUCUCCUCAGUGUGGACGGCGUCCCGCUGCACAACGCCAACCACAGCGACGCCCUCACCGUGUUGGCCCAGUGCGGCCAGGAGGCCCUGUUCCAGAUAGAGUACGACGUCACCAUCAUGGACACCGUGACGAACGCCUCCGGGCCGCUGCUGGUGGAAAUCCUGAAGUCGCCCGGAGCAACUCUGGGAAUCACGCUGACGUCGGCCAAUCACCGGAACAAGCAGGUCAUCGUCAUCGACCGGGUGAAGCAUGGCAGCGUGGUGGACAGAUGUGGAGCGUUGCAUGCUGGGGACCACCUGCUGUCCAUAGACGGGACGUCCACAGAGCACUGCACCGUCCUGGAGGCGACGCAGCUCAUAGCCAGCACCACAGAACUGGUCAAACUGGAAGUGCUCCCGUCCCAUCAAACCAGGCUCGCUGGGAAACAGCACGACACAGUGAAGGUUCAAAAGUCGGACCACCCCCACUCCUGGGACCCCUGUGUGAACUACUGUCACCCUCUAAACUCCACCCUCUGCAACACAAGCUCCACCCUCAACAAGUCGUGGACCGCCUCCAACAAUAACACCAUCAACAGCCUCGACUACUGCAAAUCUCUGGUAUCGGCCAGUUUCUCUCCCGGCUCUACGACCACGUCCGGCCCGAGCAGCCAGAGCUCCAGCACCUUGCCCCGGCCCUCGGUUCCCAUGAGUCCGCGCAACUCGCUGCUCAAACGCCGGCAGAGGAAGAAAGAGCACAAGAGCUCCUUGUCCCUGGCGUCCAGCUCGGUGGGUCCGGGGGGGCAGGUUGUCCACGUGGAGACCAGCGAGGUGGUUCUAAUGGGCGACCCGCUCAAUGGGUUCGGUGUCCAGCUGCAGGGGGGGAUAUUCGCCACUGAAACACUGUCUGCACCCCCGCUCAUCCGAUUCAUCGAGCCCGACAGCUCUGCAGAGAGGUGUGGCCUGCUCCAGGUGGGAGACCGGCUCCUGUCAAUCAACGGGAUCCCCACGGAGGACGGGACCCUGGAGGAAGCCAAUCAGCUUCUCCGAGACGCGGCUCUGACCAACAAGGUGUCGCUGGAGAUCGAGUUCGACGUCGCAGAGUCUGUGGUGCCCAGCAGCGGCACCUUCCACGUCAAGCUGCCGAAGAAGAGAGGCGUGGAGCUGGGACUCACAAUCAGUGCCAGUAAGAAGCCAGGAGAGCCCCUCAUCAUCUCUGACAUCAAGAAGGGCAGCAUGGCCCACAGAACAGGAACACUGGAGCCGGGUGAUAAACUCUUGGCCAUCGACAACGUCCGCCUGGAGAACUGCUCCCGAGACGACGCCGAGCAGAUCCUGCAGCAGUGUGAGGAGCUCGUCAAGCUGAAGAUCCGCAAAGACGAAGACAACUCAGAUGAGCAGGAGACGUCGGGCAGCAUCAUCUACACGGUGGAGCUGAAGCGGUACGGAGGCCCUCUGGGUAUCACCAUCUCAGGCACAGAGGAGCCCUUUGACCCCAUCAUCAUAUCAGGCCUAACCAAGAGAGGCCUGGCUGAGAGGACCGGGGCGAUCCACGUCGGGGAUCGGAUCCUGGCGAUCAACAGCGUGAGUCUGAAAGGCAAACCGCUGAGCGAGGCCAUCCACCUGCUGCAGAUGGCCGGGGAGACGGUCACCCUGAAGAUCAAGAAGCAGCUCGACAACUCGGAGGAGAGGAAAGCGGCGGAUGCGGAGGACACGACAGAGAACGAGCUGAGCGACCCCGACGAGGACGAUUUGACGGACAGCCAACAGACCAGCAAGAUGUCCGAGCUCUACUCCACCACCAUUCCCAGCGUGGACUCUGCCAUGGAGUCCUGGGACGGCUCGGGGAUGGACGCGGGCUACGGCAGCCAGGGCACGUACAGUAAUCAAGUUGUGGGCAUCACGCUCCACCCGCACGAGUGGCGCAGUGCGAAGCAGCAGCAGCGCGGCGCCACGCCUCCUCCUGGACACCGGAAGAACUACCCCUUCAGCGAUGGAGGGUUCAGUGAGGACGACUGGGACAAACCACCGGGGUUCAUCGGCCAACCGCCGGACGGAAUUCUGUUGGAUCCCGAGGACAGCUUCUGGUGUCAGGCGCUCGAGGACCUGGAGACCUGCGGCCAAUCAGAGCUGCUCAGAGAGAUCGAGGCGUCCAUCAUGACAGGCACGGCCAUCAGUCUGGGUGUGGACGGCGUCAACAAGCCUCCACCUGAGCCGCUACUGAGCCACAACAGGAUGAGCCCACUGCGGAGAAAUUCUCUCCUGCACCAGGGAAACCACCUGCACCAGGGCACGCACCUCCACCAGGGGGCCCACCUGCAUGAGGAGGCCCACCUGCACGAAGAGGCCCAGCUUCACCAAGAAUCCCUCCUGCGCCAGGAGAUCCAUUUCAACCAGGAGGCCCUGCUGCACCACGACAACCAGUCCCCUCUCCUGCACCAUGAUCCCAGACCCAAGGCGUCCCUGAGGGUGUCGGAGAGGACGUGGGAGUCUCGACGGAUUAAAGAGGAGAUGCAGGGCAUUCUGUCCCCGACGCCUCUGGAGCUGCACAAAGUGACGGUGAUCAAAGACCCAGAGAGCGACGACUUUGGCUUCAGCGUGUCGGACGGAUUCUUGGAGAAAGGAGUUUACGUGAACAUGAUCAGACCCGAUGGACCCGCUGACCGAGCCGGACUCAGACCCUAUGACAGGAUCCUGCAGGUGAACCACGUGAGAACGAGGGACUUCGACUGCUGCCUGGCGGUGCCGCUGAUAACAGAAGCUGGAGACCGACUGGAGCUGGUCAUCAGCCGCAACCCGCUGGCCAACGACGACCCGGAGGACAAUAACAACACUUUGGACCGUCCACUAGACCUGUAACACAAACACACAUACACACACACACACACAAACACACACAAGGAACCGGAGAC